GUUGGGAAGGAAAAGUGCAAAGACCAGAGAGAACGUUAGAGAAGAGAAUUGGGAGCGUUGGUUGAAGUCGUUUUAUCGCUCAGAGGAGCUCCGAGAUCUCCUCAGAUCGGUGAAGUAAUUGUAAUGGGCAGGGAAAUUGCAGAGACUUGUAUGGAUAAGGAGCCAGAUCGUGUCAUAGUUUACUCAAAUGGUGUUGCGCAAGAUUCAGAUAAUGGCAUUGCUCGUAGGCACCAUGAUCUUCCGGAAUCAGAUGAUCAUAUGAAGGGGAAUCCAAAGUCUCAAGUUCUAGAAGAGAUUAUUGAAUUAAAGGACUGUGAUGUUAAAGAAUGCACAAUAGAAAAUCCAAUUGAGAUCUAUGAGCGCCGCCAGGUUGAAAAUUGUCACAAGGAAGUGCAAGAUGUGCUUUGUGUUAAAAGUAAAUCACCUAGAGAUGAAACUGUAAAAUCUGAAGACCAGAAGCCAAGCAACCAUAAAAAGUUAAGCUCUCCAGUGAAAUCAUCAUUAAGAUCUGAUGGUGUUGGAAAUUUGCGAUCAAACUGUACAGUUCCUCAACCAUUUUCACUGGCAACUGAGAAACGUGCUUCAUUUGGAACUCGUCCUGUGGGGCUUGAAACUGCUGUUGCUGGUGGCAUGAACAGACCAUCUAACAUGAACAACUUGCAGGCCCCCAGUACAACAAAGAAGCCUCAGCUUAGAUCAUCUUUGGCAUCUAGAAAGCCACUGCAACCUGAUAACAAGAAACAUCCUGAUGAAGAAGAUGUCUGCUCGGUUGCUUCCUCGACUGCAGCAUCCAUUAAAACAUUAAAAGCCAGGAUUACUGUUCCAACAGCUCCUGUGUUUAAAUGUACUGAGCGUUUAGAGAAACGCAAGGAGUUUUACUCAAAGUUGGAAGAGAAGCACCAAGCAUUGGAGGCAGAAAGGACCCAAUGUGAAGCUCGGACGAAGGAGGAACGAGAUGCAGCUAUGAAGCAGCUUAGAAAGAGCUUAAUGUUCAAAGCAAAUCCAAUGCCAAGCUUUUACCAAGAGGGACCACCACCUAAGGUUGAACUAAAAAAGCUGCCUACAACUCGUGCAAUAUCGCCAAAGUUUGGGCGGAGAAAAAGCUGCAGUGAUGCAGUUGGUUCAUCUCAGGGUGAUGACCGGAAAGAAGUCUGUGGACGGGCAAAUCGUCAUAGUCUGGGUAGUUACAAAGAAGAUACUAAGGCGACUAACAAUAGCAUUCGAAGCACAAACUCGAGUUACAAAGUCAAAGAUGGGUCUAAACAGGUGAGAGAGAGCACAAAGUCUGCUGCCCUUAAGACAACUGGGCAGAGGAAUGUGGACAUCACAGUCCAGUCAUGAGUCUUUUGGUGAGUUUUCUAAAUUAACGGGGAAAAGCUGAUUCUCUUUCUUUGUUAUUAUGGGUUCUGAAAAAGUGCAUUGUCUUCUUGUUUGCAAGGACUUGUUGCAGUGUUUUGUGUGAUGUAUAAGGUGUAAAUUUUCUGUAAGUUAUAUGCACACAAUAUAUAUAAAGAGUUCCAGUUU